AACAUGGAUCAUGUGAAGCAGUAUAUUAUGUAUAGUGUAUAUUAUGCAGUAUAGUUUCUCCUUCAGAAUAUUCUGGGCUAACUCUUCUGAACAUGAAGACAACAGGAAGACUAAAAUGGAGAGUGGAGGAAGCAAAUAAUGCUGAGGAAGACUGGGUGAGAAACAUGGAAGUCUUGGUAUUAAAGAUUGAAGAUCCAGGUUGCUUUUGGGUUACUAUGAAAGGAUGUGGGCCUUACAUAAUCGAUGAAGUAGAAUAUACAAACCUGAAUGCUGAAAUGAAUCAGUUCUAUGACAAAUCUUACAAAGAUGUGGAUGAAGUUAAACCACUAAUGGUAGAAGAAGGCCAGAUUUGUGUGGUUUUCAGUGAGGAACUCAAAUGCUGGUGUAGAGCAGUUAUUAAGUCAAUCAUGUACUAUAUGGAUCAUUAUCAAACAGAAUGUUUUCUUGUGGAUUAUGCCAAAAACAUUUUUGUUAAAACAAAGGACAUUCGAGUUGCACUGGAAGCAUUUAUGCAGAUCCCAUAUAGAGCAAAAAAGUGUAGACUGUAUCGCACAAAGCCAGUGACCUUACACAUCGACUUCUGUGAAAACACUGCAAAGAUAGUACCAGCCAAAAGAUGGGAUAGUGCUGCUACUCAGUAUUUUCAAAACCUUCUCAAAGCAGCUACCCAAAUUAAAGCCAAGUUAUGUGCUGUAGAAGAUAACACAUUUGAUGUUUUUCUUUAUGGGACAAUAAAAGAUGAAAAGGUAUGCAUUAAUGAUGAUCUUGUUUCAAAGAACUUUGCUUGUUUUGAGGAAACUAAAGAGAAUACAGGGAGUUCUGCAGAUUAUCAGGAGAACCUAACGUCAUUAAGUGUUGAGUCUCUUCCAGUGAAAACUGUUAAUCCUGCACUUGCUUUCAGGCCAGUGCUAUUUCAAGAGAAGGUAUCAACAGAUCUUGAAACAGGUCUUCCUGUUUCCAGUUUCUUUCUUAAAGAGACAUACCAAAGGUCAUGUACACAUCUCAGUGGAAGUACUGCAUCUAAUUCUCAAAAUCUUGGUGAAGAAAGAAACUUUGUCUUUCUUAGCAACAAAAUCGAGCCAUCAUCAGUUCUGGAAACAGCACCACUUUUUGAUAAUCUGAAAAAGGAACUUACUCAGAAAAAACAUUUAGGCCCUAACUUCGCAGAGUCAUACUGUUGGCCACCAAUAGCUCAAGGCUGUGAUGUAGUUGCCAUCUCGGAUCACGGAAAUGAUCCGUUCUUAUAUAUUCCACCGAUUCUUACACUUUUGCAGUUGGGAAGUUGCUACAAAGCCUUGCCAAACAUCAGUGGGCCACUAGCUCUUAUUUUGUGUCCUGGGUGGAAGAAGGCACAGCUUGUUUUUGAGCUACUACAAACAUACGAGAGGUGCUGCAGGCAGCUUCAUCCAAUGUUGAUAAUACUUGGGCAGAAAAGAGAAGCAGCUUUAAGUGUGAAAAUCCGAGAAUGUGAAGUAAUUGUGACUACGCCAUAUAGCCUCCUGAGACUGUUUGAACAUCACAGUUUAUUAUUUUGUAGACUUUGCCACCUUGUUCUUGAUGAGGUUGAGGUACUGUUCUCUGAUGCUGCUGAACAGGUUUUUACUAUAUUAGAUUGUUACAAGAAAGACAUUAGUGAAGACUAUUCAGUGCAUCAGAUCAUUGCUGUUGGAGCCCGUUGGAAUAAACAUAUAGCACGCUUGAUAAAGGAGUUCAUGAAUGGUCCUUACAUAGUGAUAACAACUAUAGAAGAAGCUUCCAUCUAUGGAAAUGUGCAACAGGUUGUGAGAUCUUGCAUGAACAGUGAGAGAAUUUCCGUGUUACUCAAAAUAUUGGACUUUACCCACAAUAAUCUUCAGAAGGUGCUCAUAUUCACUAAUACAGUAAAUGAGGCAGAAAUGAUUCAUAAGGCACUGAAGAACAACUCAAUAUUUUCACUGAAAUUACAUAAAGAGAGCGAGUUUAAUUUCAAGUAUAUCAUAGAGCAGUGGACAAAAAAGUCUAAUUCUGGCACUCAUGUUGUAUUAGUUUUAACAGAUGACUGCAUGCAGUAUUUGAGAAUUACAGAUGCAACUUGCGUGAUACAUUUUGGUUUUCCUUCUCCAAGAAUCUUUGGUCAGCGUCUACGCAGCAUGUCUGACAACUUCUGUAAUGUGAUAAAGGAUUCUUCUGUAGAUCAGGAAUAUACAAAGGCAAGGUCAGUAAUUCUACUAACAGAAAACAGUGAAUGUCAUGAACUUGGCAUCCUGCAUUAUUUGCAGCACGCAGAAGCUGAAAUUCCACCAGAACUGCAUGAUUUUACUGCUAAGAUGCUAGAAGCUGAAGAAGAUCAGAAGUUUUCAAGGCCACUGUGUGCCUACCUUAAAACAUUUGGAAUUUGCAAGAAUAGAACAGUAUGCCCAGAUCGUCAUCAAAUUAAUUUACAAAUAGACGUGCCCCAGAACAUACCAGAUAAAAUUAAACAAACACCUGGAUAUGUGACAAUACUGCCUCUUCACAUUGUAAAUGCAACAAACUACUUUGGUCGGAUAGUAGACAAACAAGAGGACCAAUAUACAAAUCUUGCUGAAGAAAUUAAUGAGUAUUUUAAGAAACCUGGUAAUAAAAUUUCUGUUAAAAAUGUGGAGAAGCUUGCCUUUUAUGGAUUAUGUGAAAAAACACUUUUUCACAGGGUUCAGGUGGUAGAGAUUUUCCCAAAAGAGGAGGAAAAUUUAUUCUUUAAUGUUAAAAUUAAAUAUAUAGAUGAAGGAAGAACAAGUCAAGUUCAGAGCUAUCACCUGCUUCAGUUGCCUGCAAGGUUUCAGUGUCUACCACCUCAAGCUGUGGAAUUCAUAGUCUGUAAAGUGAAACCCAUUGAUAAUGAAAUUGAAUGGAACCCAAAGGUAACCAGUUACAUUUGUCACAAAAUUAAAGGAAAACUACAUGAAGCAAAAAUAGUACAUACCUUGGGAAAUACAGCUUGGGUUGACCCAAUGGUCCGGCUUACCAGGCUUUCAGGUUUCAAGAUGUCGGUCAAUGAAUACAACGUUCGAUCUGAGAUUUUGUCUACGGGUCUGGGAACUGACAACCCAGAACAUAUAACACAACUUCAGCUGUGCAUACACAGUAAAGUAUUAGAUCAUACAAAGAACUUGAAGCCUUUAAGCAUAAAGGAGGAUACAGCUGGUCCAGAGAAUGCAUCCAAUCCACAGAAUAUGUCAAUACAAGAAAAUUCUACUGAAAACUGUAAUACUUCUAAAAUUAUUUUAGGGAAUCAUCCAUGUGAUGGCGUAGCUCAAACCAAGGAAGCAGAAGACUCUAGCCUGCAUCAGCGUAAAUGUUUUUAUCCAGAAAUAAAGUGGUUUCAAAAUGAAGAGACUGUUACAGUGAAGGUAAAAAUAGCAAGUGUAGCCGACUAUAAAUGUGAAUUCUCUAAACAGAAGGUGGUUUUCAGUGCUUGUUCAGGAGACAAACUUUAUUUGGCUGACUUGGAGCUGCAUCAAUAUAUACUUGCAGAAAAGUCUACAUGUGUAAUUAAGGAUAAAGAGGCUGUUAUUGUUCUCAUGAAAGAGAAAAAAGGAGCAUGGUGCAAAUUACUGAAGAACAAGAAUCUUCAUGUAUCUUUUGAUUUUGAACACUGGGAAGAUUUUGAAGAUAAAAGCCCUUUUUCAGUUGGUACUAAAAAACGGUGGUGCACUGCUGCAGUAAGUGAAGAAUGCACUGACUCCUCAGAAGACAGUGGCACAGAAAGUGAUGAGAGGAACAUUCUUGUUUAUCAGGGAUGACAUUUUCAAGAAACGCUGGGAUGCCUUUACUUCAAGAAUGGGAGGAGGAUUUGUAUUAGUAUGUUAACACUGACAGUUGUUUUUUUCUAGUAUUAGCAUAUCAUAUUAAAGCUGCUUCUUUCUGAAUAUUUAAGAAUAUUGCUGAUGUCAGUGGAAAACUGCCAUUUGACAGACAGUUGUAAUUGUGUGGUUAAAAAAAUUAGUGCUGUUGCAAACCUGACUAC